UUGAAUAGUGAGUAAUUUGUUCCAUUAUUUUAGUGUUUAAGCUUCCUAGUAAACAGUCAUAGUUAGCUUUGCUUUUAAUUAACACUGUUCGAUUAUAUGUAGUGUUAACAUUUAAUUGGAAAUUUAUAUCAACUAAUGUGAUAUAAAAACAAAGAAAACAUUAUAUAUCUAACCAUUGUAGAUGUUGCAACAAUCGGUACAUGGCUUUAAUUUCAUUGCAAAGCAAUAUGCUGCUGUUACUAGCGUCCAUAGCGGGGUUGGUGUCAUUAGGAGCAGCCUGUACGCCUAGCGCUACCACAGUGAGCGGCACUCAUGCGCCGGGUACUGUGUGCUCGGGAGAUUUGAUAUUUUCUGACGAUUUCGAUUAUUUCGACCUUGAGAAAUGGCAGCAUGAAAACACACUAGCCGGCGGGGGCAACUGGGAAUUCCAAUACUAUUGUAACAACCGGACAAAUUCAUUCACCCAUAGUGGAACACUAUUCAUUCGGCCAUCAUUGACAUCGGAUCAGUUCGGAGAGCCGUUCCUCAGCACUGGUCAUUUGAAUAUUGAAGGUGGAGCACCCGCAGACAGGUGCACGAAUCCUCAAUGGUGGGGCUGCGAUAGACAGGGUACUCCAGCUAAUGUGCUGAACCCGAUCAAGAGUGCACGUCUUCGUACUGUAAAUUCCUUUAGUUUCCGCUAUGGUCGUGUGGAAGUCCGUGCUAAGAUGCCCGCAGGCGACUGGUUAUGGCCAGCUAUUUGGCUAAUGCCAGCAUACAAUGCCUACGGCAGUUGGCCUUCUUCAGGGGAAAUAGAUUUAGUGGAAUCCCGUGGUAAUAGAAACAUGUUCAGCAACGGGUUACAUAUAGGAACUCAAGAGGCCGGCUCUACCUUACAUUAUGGGCCUUAUCCUGGGCUUAACGGCUGGGAGCGAGCCCACUGGAUCAGAAGAAACGGUGCUGGUUAUGAUACCGAUUUUCACCGAUACCAACUUGAGUGGACUCCCGAUUUCAUUAGGUUCAGUAUUGAUGAUGUUGAGCUGGGCCGUGCUACACCUGGCAAUGGUGGCUUCUGGGAAUAUGGCGGCUUUAAUAGUAAUCCUAAUAUCUUAAACCCAUGGAGAUACGGAAGCAAAAUGGCACCAUUUGAUGAAAAGUUCUACAUAAUUAUGAACGUCGCAGUUGGUGGUACAAAUGGUUUCUUUCCUGAUGGCGUUGAUAAUCCAAAUCCCAAGCCCUGGUGGAAUGGCUCACCUACUGCCGCCACUGACUUUUGGAAUGGACGAGGUGGUUGGCUGCCAACAUGGCAGCUGGACGUAAAUGAUGGACAAGACGCAUCCCUUCAAGUUGAUUAUGUGCGAGUUUGGGCAUUAUAGACAAUUAUUCUAUAUAAUCUUAAUAUAACAACACUUGAAUAAAUAUUGUAAUAAUAAAUAAAUAACAUACAUGUUU